AUGCCUUGCUCCCCAAACAUUGCCUCCGUGACGUGCAACCCGGCCCUUCUGCAACCGCUCAACUUGGGGAUUGAUGCCACAGCCCAAGCAGCCAAGUGUCAAGAGAAGAAUGAACUACAGUCCCUCAACAGCAAGUUUGCAUGUUUCAUUGACAAGGUCAGAUUCUUGGAGCAGCACAAUAUGAUGCUGAAGACCAAGUGGGACUUCCUGCAAGAGAGGAAGUGUUGUAAAAGCAACAUGGAACCCAUGUUUAAAGAAUACAUUGCCAACCUGAAGAAAGAGCUGGAUUGCCUGGAAUGUGAGAAAACACAGUUGCAGUCAGAAAUGAAAAACUGGAGAGAGACUAUGGAAGUCAACAAAAAAAAGUUUGAAGAGGAGUGCCACCGACGGACAUGUGCUGAAAAUGAGUAUGUGUCCAUUAAAAAGGAGGCGGAUUGUGUCUUCAUGGACAAAUCAGAAAAGGAAGCUAAAAUGCAGGCUUUGAUUAAAGAUCUUCACUUUUACAAACCCACUUUUGAUCAGGAAAUCCAUGAGCUUCAAUCUUGCAUCUCAGACACCUGUGUCACAGUACAGAUGAACAACAGCCGAGGUCUGAGUAUGGAUCGUGCCAUUGAGGAAUACCGGCAGCUGUUUAAUGAAAUCUCCUCCAGGAGCCGGGCUGCAGCUGAAGCAUGGUGUCAGUGUCAGUAUCAGGAGCUGAAAACAACUGCUGCCGAACACUGUGACAACCUACGUCUUGUCAAAGAAGAACUUAGUGAGAUGACAAGGGUGGUCCAUAGGAAGCAGGCAGAACUUUCAAGUAUCAAACUAGAAGAAGAGGUGGCUGCUGCUGAGGAACGUGGGGAGAUAGCUGUGAAAGAUGCCAAAUGCAAAUUGGCUGAGUUGGAAGAUGCCCUGCACAAGGCUAAGCAGAAUAUGGCUUGCCAGCUGCGGGAGUAUCAGGCGCUGAUGAACAUCAAGAUAUGCUUGGAUAUUGAGAUAACAGCAUACAAGAAGAUGCUGGAUGGAGAGGAAAUGAGGAUGGGUGAUGGAGAAUGCUCUGUGAAUAUCUCUGUUCAAAGGAACCAUGGAGCAGUAGUAGGUAACCCUGAAGCACGGCCUCCAGGUGGACCCAACAGAAGAAUUGUGACAACCUGUGGCCCAAGCAGAGAGGUGUGCACAGGCACUACACCUCCUUGUGCUGCCCACUGUGUCAGCACUUGCCCACCUUGUGGAGAACCAUGCCCUCCUCCAAGGGGAUUCAGCUGUGGGAGUGGAAGGUGCUCUAACAUCAAAUUUGUAACACCUGCUGGCCCCUGUGGGCAACGAUACUAGGAACAGCAGCAGAUACCUGCCACUGUGAAAAGCCAACAACACCAACUGAACAUUGCUGCCUAUUAAGAGCAAUACUUUCCUCAAAAAGACCAGAUUUGCAGAUGAGCAAACAAACACAAUCCAUUGCAGCUUGGGAAGUUGCUUUAUAGUCAAUCAGAGAUGUGUUCAGAAAUACUAAAGUGAUCCACACCCCACCAUACUUUUCUCCAAAGUGU